AUGGCGAACGCGUACUUCUUCCUUUUCUUUCUCCUUCCCCUGCUUCUUCUGGUGGUACUCUAUUUCCUGGUUAAACCGCGUCCGGUGAAGAUCCCGAUAAAGAACCGGCACGUGUUCAUCACGGGCGGAUCCAGUGGCAUUGGGCUGGCGCUGGCGCAUCGUGCGGCGGCGGAGGGCGCGCGAGUGUCUAUCCUGGCGCGGUCGCUGGGGAAGCUGGAGGAGGCACGAAACGCUAUCCGGCUGGCGACGGGAAUCGAGGUGGCGGUGUUCUCAGCGGACGUGCGGGACUUCGAGGCAGUGAAGCGCGCGGUGGACGAGGCCGGGCCAAUCGACGUGCUACUGCUGAACCACGGCGUGUUCGUGGCGCUGGAGCUGGAGAAGAUGGAAUUGAGUGAGGUGAAGUUCACCCUGGACGUCAAUCUCAUGGGAACGUUGAACUUCAUCAAGGCUGCGCUGCCCGCUAUGAAGAACCGUAAGGAUCCGCUGCCCGCUUCCAUUGCCCUUGUUUCCUCACAGGCCGGUCAGGUGGGCAUUUAUGGUUACGUAGCUUACUCUGCGAGUAAAUUUGGCCUCCGUGGUUUAGCAGAGGCAUUGCAACAAGAGGUUAUAGCUGAUAAUAUUCAUAUUUCAUUGAUUUUUCCUCCGGAUACGGAUACCCCAGGAUUGGUAGAAGAAAACAGGAGAAAACCGGAGCUCACAAAAAUCAUUGCAUCCUCAUCUGGUUUUAUGAAAGCUGAAGAAGUUGCUCAGAAAGCUUUCGAUGGUAUAAAAUGUGGCAGCUUUAUUGUGUCUUGCAAUUUGGAGGGAAUUGCACUAUCCAUAGCAACUGCAGGUUUAUCCCCUCAGAGAUCUUUCUUAAUGGCCUUUGUUGAGGUAAUUGCUGCUGGAAUCCUACGGAUUGUUGCACUAGGUAUGCAUUGGAGUUGGUAUGGAAGUAUAGAGAAAUAUCACAGCCAAAGGAAGGAUACUGGGAUUCAGCUUUCUUCCACUCUGCUCUACAGUGAGAUUAACACAGGAUUAUCUGAUGACGUUGUAACAUUUGACUGA